AUGGCCUUCGUUCCCACAUAUUUCCUGUGUCCUGUAGCAGAUGUUGUUCCACCACCCCCUAGAGGCGCAUUAGCCCUGGGGAGCAUUUUACGAAGCCUGGCUACCCCUCUUGCUCCCGUGAACAAGGAUGAGGUCCUCACAGCGCCAAACGUUGACUCUGCGACGGAGACUGACUGGCAGAAAACUACGUCUGACAGUACAUCUCUGAGCGUUGGAGUAUUCACUACUUUUCUUGAGCUAUUGCUUGGGCUUAGGGCAGAUGUGAGCAUCGACCAUUCGCGACAGGACCAUAGCAGCUUCGAAGUCGAAAAACUGACUACGGUCUCGUUCCAACCCACCGUGGAGUAUGUUAGGGAAGCCCUCCGGAUUCCUAGUGUGCAGCAGUACCGGAAUGCGAAAGGCCUGGCACGCUGUAGGGCGCUUUAUCUUGUCACCGGGCUGAAGGUGGCGUCGGGAGCAGCCAUCCGCCACGGAUUCCAUCGCGGGCCAGGCGUCUCUGCGGAGGUUGGAGUUGAUGGGACUACGCCCAUUACCAUAGGCCCCACCUGCGGGUGGUCCCGCGAGCGGGCCGAGGAAACAAGCUUUUACCGUAGAGACGAGUUUAUCUUUGCCUACCGGCUUCACAAGAUCUCCUUCUUCCUAAAGUCCGAUCCCACCGUUAGCCCAUACAUCAAGGGUGCAUUUUUGAAUUCAGGGGAAAUUGAGGAAAGUGAAGCGGAAGACGAAACACAAUUUAUGCUAGAAGAAGUCGAGGGAGUCAAUCUCCCUGGGUCUGCCCUUCUUUUCGCCAACGCUGAGAAUCCGUUGGUGUAUGUGGUUCGACCUGUGGCGUGA